AUGAAGAAUUCCAUCAUUAUCAGCCUGGCGGCUCUUGGCUCACUCGCAGCUGCGUCAGAGGAGCCCUGUCUCUCGUUGACGACCAAGUUCCCAAGCUGCGUGGUUCGCCUCCCAUGCCAAUGCAAUCCCGAAUCGUACACUGCCAUCCAGUCGCUUGCUUUUGGAUGCGCCGCCACGUGCAGCGCAUCUGAUAUUCCCGCGGGACUCAGAGCCGGAGUCUCCCUAUGUGCGUGUGUCGCCUCGCACGAAGCCACGGCCACGGCCACGUCCGAGUCCGGCACCGAGACUUCGGGCACCGAGACCGAGACCUCCGGGACGCCGCGUACCGGUGCUCUUACGAGCGAGAUAACGGGAACCAGAACCUCGACUGGAACCAAGACUGGUACCGCGUCCGAAGAGACAACCACUACCGGCACCGAGACCGAAACCUCGACUACUACCGAGGAGACUGCUACCGAGGCGACUACUACCGAGCAGACUACUACCGAGGCGGCUACUACCGAGGCGGGCACUACCGAUGCGACUACUACCGAGGAGACUACUACCGAGGCGACUACUACUGGAGCAACGGCAACAACGGCAACAACGGCAACAACACCAACUACUGCUACUCCAACUACUACUACCGCCGGGGCUGGAAUUCUCCAGGUUUCAGUCGCUGUCGUUGCUGGAGCUAUCCUGGUGGCCGCUGUUGCACUGUAA